AUGAAAUUAGCAGGCGGGGUGUUUGCUUCCAACGUGCCUCGCCUUCUGCUGGCUGCUGCCAUCUCUGCUUCUCGGCCAAGCAUCUGCCGAGAUCGGUCGAGGUUUUUGUCUUCGCAGCCACUCAUCCUCGAAGUAGACCGCGUGAGGUUCGACCCAAGAUUCGGCAUGGAGCUGUCCCUGCAGGUGCAGGCAGCACCGGGUGGAGAAGCCCAGGAAACUCCUUCCGGCAACUCUACGGCCGACUUUGCGGAGGUCUCAUUGCUCAACACUGCAGUGCAGGAGAUGUGGCCUGAGAUCACGAGCUUCAUCCGAACGGUGCUUAAAGAGACAGUCGAGGAAGCCAUCCAGACGCGAGUGCCGUGGUUCCUCAGCAGCCUGGGCUUUGGUCGCAUCAGCUUCGGAGACUCGGCGCUGAAGGUCGAAGAGCUGAAUGUGGAGCGGACGACGCAGACUUCGCACAAAGACGGCGAAGUGCGCAGCUUCAAAGUUUCGAGCCUGGUCGCAUGGGAUGCCGAUGUGGAUGUGGCACUGACAGCACCGACAGCUGUUCUCUCUGCAGAGCAUGUGCUCGUGAAUGGCCGCUUGGAUGUUUGUUUGCAGCACAUCCUGCCCAGGCCGCCUUUCUUCACCGGCAUCACUUUUUACUUCGCGGACCUUCCCAAAGUGGCAUUGACGCUGGAGGGUACUGUCAUGGGCUUGCGCGUGUCACUGGCGUGGCUAGAGAAGCUGCUGGCCGACAUCAUUCAGAAGCAGCUGGCCGAGCAGAUUGUGUUGCCAACUGUGGCCACUGUCUUGCUUGACAUUACGAACGAGGAUGCCUGGUUUGAAGCUGGUGGCGUGGUCCCAGAGGGUGUCAUGACAGUUUGCGUUCAUGGAGCUCGUGGGCUGGCGGCCAAGGAUGUGGCGCUGCCUUUCGGCCUGUCGAGACCCAGCUCCGACCCGUACUGCUUAGUAGCAGUUGGUGGCAAGCCAUUCCGCACGCCCACGCGGCCUCAGAAUCUAAAUCCUCAGUGGAGCGAAGCAGAAGGAACCCAUAAGUUCUUGGUCUAUUCCCUCACGGAGCAGUUCCUGACGGUGGACCUUUAUGAUGAGAAUCCCUACAUCGAGGAUACAUUCCUUGGUUCGGUUUGCUCUGCCGCCUCUGAUGUGGUGAAGAUGUCCUGCAGCAUGGCGGCUCGAAGGCUACCCAAGGAAAGGCCAUUAGCCUCCUUUGUUUCGGCAGCACUGCUGUUACUCUGGUGCAUCCUGGUGUCAGGGCCACUGUUGAAUGUCAUGGCCGCCGCUCCAACUAGCCCUACUGCGAGGACCUUCCAUCGGCGCCCACUCCCAGAGCCAGCGAUCGCCUUCUCCUCGUCGCAGGGUCAGGUGCUCUUCACUGAAGCCCUGGCAGCAGGAGGUAUGGGCUGCUUCUUCCGACUCAUCGAGCAGUUCCACACCCAAGCGGAGCCCGCAUACUGUGGCCUCGGCACGCUGGCCAUGGUCCUGAAUGCCCUUGGUGUGGAUCCUGGCCGGAAGUGGAAGGGGCCGUGGAGGUGGUUCAGUGAAGACCUCCUGGACUGCUGUGAACCGCUGGAGGUGGUGUGUCUCGCUCGGUGCAACGGAGCCCAAGUGGACGCACACCGGGUGGACGAGGCAGACGUGACCGAGGAGGACUUCAGGAAAGCAGUGACUGCCAGCUGCGAAACGGAUCCUGGAUGUGGUUGCUCCGGUGUGGUGGUUGUUUCCUACAGUCGGAAGCUACUGGGCCAGACGGGUGAUGGCCAUUACUCUCCAAUCGGAGGUUACCACCGUGCCAGUGAUCAGGUCUUGAUCCUCGACGUGGCCAGGUUUAAGUAUCCUCCACACUGGGUGCCAAUGUCGCUGCUUUGGGAAGCAAUGCAGAGGACCGAUGCAGAGACUGGGCGAAGCCGGGGCUUCAUGGUGCUGCGCUCUAAGGAGGCACUGAAGGAGUCUUGCCUUCAGCUCGUGUGGAAAACUGAUUCUGAAGAAGCCGUGACGGACUGCUGGACAAUGGUUGGCGUGCUGCAAUCCUUUUCACGCGCGUUGCUUUCCGAGCCUUUGCCGGAAGAGGGAGUGGCGGCAGAGAUUCUGAAGCGUGCGCUGCGCUUCAUCGACUCCUCGGCAAUGCCCUUGGAGGUUGCCUGCAAGGUAUUCGAUGCCUCUACAGAAGAGCCAUGUGCGGCAAAGCGCAAAGCUUGCUUCGAGGCUCAUCAAGCCUUAGCUGAAGUCGUGGAAAAGCUUGACAAAGCUUUGGGUACCCGUUGCCUCAACUCGUGCAUGCCAGUCUGCCCGGAGGGAGCGUGCGAGACCUUGAAAGGUGCUGUAUUCACUGCUGCCAACGUGAUGGCGAUUGACCUCAACAUGUGGCAAAAGGUAUUGGUAGAAGGCGCUUGCGCCGAGCAGGCCGGUCCUGACCCGCACUCGAGCCAAGCGCGGUUGGCUGAAGCAGCGUGGAAGGAGCUCAAGCUGCUGCUUUCCGACAUGCCGGCCAACCUGCAGCAUGAGAUUGAGCUGUUGCGCGGACAGUGGGCAGAUCUUCUAACUGCCAGAGAAGACAUGAGGGCCGAGAAGGCAGACGGUCGCGAGUUGGAGCUGACGGGCCCGGGUGCACAAGGAACGCUUCGACUCUCUACAGGAUAUGCCGAGCUGAAAUUGGACGAUUUCAAUCUGCGCCACCAGUUGAGAGCACUGGAUGGUACGCUACCUCAGGCUGCUGCGUUCGUUGUUCUGGUCGGAAUCGAUUGCUGCACAUUUCCAGACGAGCCUGUUGAGGAGGAUGCCAAGAAGCGUGGCUCGUUCCUUUGCAAAGUCACUUGCGAGGAGCACGAGCAAGCUUUCCGAAGCCGGACUGGCCGCAAACAGGGACGCUAUGGGGCCACGGCUUGGUGGCGUCUGGACUCUGAACAAUCAAGUCUCAGUGCCCCGUCACCAGCUGGCGCGGAGGAAGAUGAGGAUUGUCUAACUGCCCACUUUCAGUCGACUUUCACCCACAUGCUGCUUGCAGAUCCCCGCAGCGUCGUGUGCCACAUCAAACUGGAGAAGCGUGGAGGAUUGCCAGGUGUCGGGAAUGUUGUGGGCGAAGUGGACUUCCCUGUCUAUCGCCUCAUUCAUGCAUCAGCGAACACUUCGAAGGCGGUGCUGCGCGUUGGCCCAGCGCAGCUUUCGGUAUUGGCGCAGCUACGAGCAACAGAGGCAAACGACUCCAGCACCUCCCGGACUUUUAAUGAGUUUGCUUCUGGAGGAGUUGAAGGACGCCAUGAGGUUCUGCCACGGCCACCUAAGACCUGA